GCGCGGUUGCGGGGCGCGGUGGCGGGCGAGCGCGGUUGCGGGCGAGCGCGGCGGCCGCCAUGCCCGCCUCCCAGAGCCGCGCCCGCGCCCGGGAGCGCGGCAACGUCCUGCAGCGGGCCGAGUUCCUGUCCCUGAGCCAGCCCCCCCGGGGCGCGCCCGAGCCCCGCGGCGGCGCCGGCCGCAGGGCCCCGGGGCCCGGGCCGCCCCCGCCGCCGCCGCCGCCCCCGACGACGACCCCGGGCGCGGGCGAGGGCGGGCGCGAGCGGCGCGCGUCGCAGCAGCUGCCCGAGGAGGACUGCAUGCAGCUGAACCCCUCCUUCCGGGGCAUCGCCUUCAACUCGCUGCUGGCCAUCGACAUCUGCCUGUCCAAGCGGCUGGGCGUGUGCGCCGGCCGCGCCGCGUCCUGGGCCGGCGCGCGCUCCAUGGUCAAGCUCAUCGGCAUCACGGGCCACGGCGUCCCCUGGAUCGGGGGCACCAUCCUCUGCCUGGUGAAGAGCAGCUCCCUGGCCGGCCAGGAGGUGCUCAUGAACCUGCUGCUGGCCCUGCUGCUGGACAUCAUGACGGUGGCUGGGGUGCAGAAGCUCAUCAAGCGGCGCGGCCCCUACGAGACGCCGCCGGGCCUGCUGGACUACCUGACCAUGGACCUGUACGCCUUCCCCGCGGGGCACGCCAGCCGCGCGGCCAUGCUGUCCAAGUUCUUCCUGAGCCACCUGGUGCUGGCCGUGCCGCUGCGCGUCCUGCUGCUGCUGUGGGCCCUCUGCGUGGGCCUGUCGCGCGUGGCCAUCGGCCGCCACCACGUCACCGACGUCCUCUCCGGCUUCCUCAUCGGCUACUUCCACUUCCAGCUGGUGGAGGCGCUCUGGCUGUCCUCCAACACCUGCCAGAUGCUCAUCUCGGCCUGGUGAGCGCCGCGCGCUCCGCCGCCCUCCGCAGGCUGCCGCUCACGCUCCCCACGCCCGGCCCGCCGCGGGACCCUUGCCCCGGGAUAGCUAGGAAAGCCCCCCGCCACCCCCGGAACGGCUCACCCCGGAGCCCACGGCCCCCGAGGCCUGGCGCUCGAGCUGCCUGUGCCCAGCGCCGGCCCCAGAGCCCAGGAGGAGCCCGGAGUGGCCUGUGGGUGUCACUGCGGCGUUGCCCCCCUCCCCCCCCGGGGGGGGCGGGCCUGGACUCGGUGGGACCUGUGAGGUCAUGCCGUGUCACGUGACAAUACAGGUGGUAUGCAACA